GGGGAAGCAGAAAUCAGUGUAGCCAAAAGAGUGAAAGAAGAUGUUGAAAUUCUUGUCAAAGGUGAAAAUCGAAUUCAAUGCCUUAGAUCCACGCAUAGCUUCAUGUAUGGAGUUUUUGGCUCAAUGUAAUGCUCCUAAAGCCAAAGAAUCAAACCCAAGUUGCCAAGUUCAGGUCAAGCGCCGCACUGAUGACCAUCCACCUCAAAUCUCUGUCACUUUCGUCAAUGGAGUCGAGCAGACCUAUGAUGCUACUACUACACCGGCACAGAAUAUCCGUACCAUGAUUCUUGAAAAGGGUCAGUACCUUGAGACUGAACAGAUGUUUCGUGAAGCUGGUGAGAAAUGGCCUGUUAUCAUUCCUAAUGAAGAGCUUAAACAACCAUUUCUUGGAAUAAAGCCAAAGAAAGCAGAAGAGAAGAAGCAAUAAUCAAAGCUACUCACACCUAGCUUCUCAUCGGGGCAUUUUCUCUGCGUUAGAUCAGCUAUAUGACAUUCCAGAGAGAUGAAUCUUCAAAUAGGGGCAAAGCUAGCUUUUUGUUGCAUUUAUGUCAACAAGAAUAUUAGAUUUGUACUAGAUCAUGAAUUUGCUAUCCUUUGUAUUGUGAGACUUUGAAAUGCCUUCCUAAUCCUCAUUUCUCCUACCUUUUAUCCUUACAAAAGAAUAAAAUUCCCUUCUAAAAGGUUUGAUCUCAUUUUGGAAUCGACUCUAAUACUGUCUUUGAAGUAAACAGUGGUAUGUGCAUUUUCUGGCAAAGUUAUAUUUGUUUC